AAAAGAAAAUGUGCCUAAUAAUUCUGCACACUUAAAUAUAAGGUGCUUUUUCUCCAGUCAGCCAUCAUUAACAAUAAUGUAUUACUUAUAAAUGCUUUAUUUACAAAAUUAAUGGUAGUUAUUAAAAUUUAUUUGGUUUGGAAUUAGUAAAAUAUGUUUGAUAAGAACUGUGAUCAAAAGUUUGAUGUAAUAAUUCUGCAAUAAAAUACAGUGUGGGCAGUGUAAUCACUGUCAUGUUGCAAACAGCCAUUGAUCUAUCAUUUGUGUUUUUGACUGUGUUUUAUUAACUCUUUCACCGCCAGCAUUUUUUUAAAAAGUUGCCAGCCAGCGCCAGCGUUUUUCAUGAUUUUUACCAAAGUUUAAUGCCUUCCAGAAAAUGUUCUUCUUCAGAUAUAUAAACAUACAAUAUACCAAAUGAAAGAACAGACCCUCUGCUUUCAAACAAAAAAAAAUGUUUCAUCCUACCUUGAGUUCUUUUGUAAUCAGCUUUUGAAUAUGGGUAGGUUUCUACAAAAACACCACAUUUUGAGCAAAAAGCAGAGAUAAUUCCAUGUUUGUGACCGACUUUUCAUAGAGAUCCCAUUCAGAGCGAUCUUGCCAUAGGGCAAUACUUCCGGGUUUAAAAAAGUUGCGGAAGGGCGCCACCUGGUGGAUAAUAGCGGUAUUGCGGACAGACGGAAAAUCUCGUCAUUGGCGGGGAAGCGUUUUCUCUUAAUUGACAAGAUAUCUCGUCAAUGGCGGGGAAAGAGUUAAGAGGAUAUCUAACAACAGUGUUUUAAAAGCAGUUCUGCUUACCGCAUGUCAACUCACUUCUCAGUCGUCUCUUAUUUUGACAGACGCACACUGGCGCUGCAUGCUUCAUAAAAUGCCCUAAAAGUUGUUAUUGGGCUAGCCAAAUGUCAAAUCAAAAAGAACCAAUGGGCUGGUGAUUAGGUGUCUCCUGGGCCGGUCUGUCCGGAAAAAAAAACAUCUUACGCUAACUUUUUUGGAAAAUGCAGUACAUUGCCACCGCACCUUUUAGCGCCAUUAAUGAAUUACAUUAAAACAAAGAAAGAAAGAAACGGCUACGUUGCAUGAUGAACGAGUGUUAUGGGCUGGUCAGACAAAAAUAGUGCGAGAUGUAUGAUACGUCUGUAUGAUACUCGCUCUCUGUUUCUUGUGUGUGUCAGAUCAUCGCUCUCUGUUUCCAUCUGACACAAGAAACAGAAGGGGAGGGGUGGAGCUUGUUAAGAGAUGAUUGGGCCAGCCCAGUGUCAGUAUGGAAAAUGAACCAAUGGGCCGCUGUCCAUGCUUUAUGAGGCCGGUCGUUGGGCAAUUAAAAAAAUAUAUAUAUCAUAUUAUAUUCACCGGCCCCCAAGGACGUCGGCCCACCGGGCAUUUGCCCGGUGUGCCAGAUUACCAGUCCAGCCCUGCCUCCGGGCCACCAUGCAGAUUUCCUUAAAGAAAUAGCAGAUUUCCUGUCUGAGCUUGUAGUCACUGUAGAUAAAGCUCUUAUCGUUGGUGAUUUUAAUAUUCAUGUGGAUAACCCAAAAGAUGCACUAGGACGUGCGUUUAUGGAUGUUCUAAAUUCUCUCAAUAUUAGACAAAACGUGACAGGGCCAACGUAUACUCGUAAGCACACAUUAGACUUAAUUCUGUCACUCGGGCUCAAUAUUAAUGACAUCAAAAUAUCACCUCAGAGUGAUGCAGUUUCUGACCAUUACCUUGUGUCAUACACUGUACUUCUAGAUAGGAUCACUCAAUCCACAACAUGCUACAGAUUAGCCAGAACAAUAAUUUCCACCACUAAAGAUAGCUUUAUUAGCACUCUUCCAGACCUGUCCCAAAUUAAACAUGUAGCAGAUAACUGUGACGAUCUAGAUAUUGUAACAGAAAACCUAAACAAUGUCUGUUCUAACACAUUGGAUGCCGUUGCUCCCAUUCGAAAAAAGAGAAUCAAAGAAAAACCGCCAGCUCCAUGGUAUGAUCAUCACACCGCAGCGCUCAAAAAGGCAACUAGGAAAAUGGAAAGAAAUUAUAGAAGCACAAAGUUAGAGGUAUGGCGUGCAGCAUGGAAAGAGAGUCUUAAACAAUACAGACAGGCUAUUAAAACCGCCAGAUCUACCUAUCUUAGCAAGCUUAUAAAUGAGAAUCAUAAUAACCCUCGUUUCCUCUUUAGCACCGUUGCAAAACUGACUAGAAACAAAGAACAAACAGAAACCAAUGGUAAACUCCAACACAAUAGUAACGACUUCAUGAACUUCUUUUCUAACAAAAUUACGACUAUAAUGGAAAACAUCGUAGCUACACAGGCAGCCACCACUCUACCCGUUAGUUCACUUAACACUUGACUACCAUACGAACAUCUUGAUUCAUUUAAACCUACUACAAUAGAAGAGCUCUCUAAACUAGUAACGUCAUCCAAAUCAUCGUCCUGUAUAUUAGACCCCGUUCCCACAAAACUACUUAAAGAGGUAUUCCCUGUAGUGUCAACCCCGGUUCUAAAUAUCUUUAACUCAUCGCUAGAAAUAGGAUACGUUCCAACAGCUUUCAAACUAGCAGUUAUUAAACCGCUGAUUAAAAAACCACAGCUUGAUCAGGGAGAGCUUAAUAACUUUAGACCAAUCUCAAAUCUCCCUUUUCUUUCGAAAAUAUUAGAAAAGGUAGUGGCAAGCCAGUUACACACAUUCUUGACAAAUAAUAGUACAUAUGAAAAGUUCCAAUCAGGAUUCAGGCCCCACCAUAGAACAGAGACAGCGUUGCUUAGAGUUACAAAUGACCUCCUAUUAACAUCCGAUCGAGGUGAAAUCUCAAUUCUUAUAUUAUUAGACCUUAGUGCAGCCUUUGACACAAUAGAUCACACAAUCUUACUCAAUAGACUAGAAAACUAUGUUGGUAUCAGUGGUCAGGCGCUAGCCUGGUUUAGGUCGUAUCUAACCAAUCGCUAUCACUUUGUUUAUGUAAACGAGGAAGAGUCAUAUCACUCCCUGGUUAAAUACGGUGUACCGCACCUAGACGUUACAUUAGUAAUACACUCGCUCAUAAUGUCGCGUCAUAGCCGCAGCAAAUUUGACUGCUUAUGCUAUUGUGUAUUAUGUUGUGCUAUCUGUCGUUUUUCUGUGCUUUUACUGCUUCUAUUAAUGUAAAGCUGCUUUGAAACAAUUGAGUAUUGUGAGAAUAUAUAUAUAAAUAAAAUUGAAUUGAAUUGAAUUAAUGUCCCGCCCCUCCUCCACUGUAAUUGGAUGGCCGUGUGAAAACUGACAUUGAUGAGCGGAGAUUUUCACUCAAAGUUGAAUUUUUUUUAAACUCUCGGCGCUCAGCGCGGAAAAAAACAGAGCGCCGGUUUAUAGCGCGGAAAAAACCCGCUAGCUGCUUGCUUAUUGGAAAAUCGAGCAUGUCGCAACCCAUCGCUUUCAUUAUGCAUAGGCUUAUGGUAAUUGUCAAAAUAGUUUUUCCAACUUGUCAUCCUGGCAUCCUUUUUAUACAGUUAAAAUUAUAUAAAAUGAAAAAUACACUGCUGUGGACGUUGUUUACUUCAUUAAUGUGUUUUACUGUGUUAAUGGAAUAAGGAUACGAGUAGGAUUAGGUAUUCGGUUUUGGCCGAAUCUUAAACAGCGGAUUCGGUAUUCGGCCGAACCCAAAAAAUCUGGAUUCGGUGCAUCCCUAAUUAAAACCGCCAGAUCUACCUAUCUCAGUACGCUUAUUAAAGAAAAUCAUAACAGCCCUCGUUUCCUCUUUAGCACAGUUGCGAAACUGACUAGAAACAAAGAACAAACAGAAACCAAUAGUAAACUCCAACACAAUAGUAACGACUUCAUGAACUUCUUUACUAACAAAAUUAUGUUUAUUAGGGAAAACAUAGAAACUACGCAAGCAGCCACCACUAUACCCAAUAGUACAUUUACCACUAGGGCCUUUUUACACCUGGUCACUUCAUGUGUUUUCUCUGAUCGGAUAGCUAUCUGAUUUGUUAAAACUGUUCCAUUUACAUUUGGCCACAUAAAUGCGUCUUGGCAAAACGGAUACGAAUCCGAUCUUUCUAUCACCGCCCAAAAUGCAAAUAUUUCUCAACUCAUUUCCGGUGUCAUUGAAAUGGAACAUGCAUUGCUGUAUACGCUUUUCAGGAUGCAGUCAAAACGAAGGCGAAGAAACUUUUUACGUCGGUUACGUCACAAAAAACAGCAUUUACUGUUUGCUGCAUUUUCGCUGGCGGCAGCAGUGCAUUUUAGGACCGAACGACACACCUGGGUAAAAGUUCGGAGCCAGCACUGGUGGGAAGAUAUAGUGCUGGCUUCUUUUACGGAGCAAGACUGGGUCUCGAGUUUUAGAAUGGGACGCCGGACGUUCGCUUAUCUUUGCGUUAGCCUGAAAAGCAGGAUAAUAAAAAGGGACACUCAUCUCCGCCAGGCUAUCCCCAUCCAGAAGCGCGUUGCGGUAGCUUUGUGGUAUCUCGCUACCGGCAGCGGAUACAACACAAUCUCGCACCUCUUUGGACUGAGCCGGUCUUCAGUGUGCGUUUGCGUGUGGGAGGUUUGCAGCGCGAUGGUGUCCUGCAUGCAGAAACACAUACAACUACCCACAGGCCAGAGGCUCCUGGACAUUAUGGAUGGUUUUGAGAGAUUAUGGGGUUUUCCUCAAUGUGCAGGUGCCAUCGACGGGUCGCAUAUUCCCAUAACCGCGCCACAACUCUACGCCAAAGACUAUUUCAACCGCAAAGGACAUCAUUCAAUAAUCCUGCAAGCACUUGUGGAUUACCAGUCACAGUUUACCAAUAUCAAUGUUGGAUGGGCAGGCAGUGUUCACGAUGCCAGAGUUCUCCGCAAUUCUUCAAUAUUUGACCUGGCAGAGAGAGGUGUUCUUUUUCCUGAGCAUACUCGCAGUAUUGCAGGCAUUGAUGUGCCCAUCACAGUCCUGGGUGACGCGGCAUACCCCCUCAUGCCUUGGCUUAUGAAACCGUACUCUGACCAUGGACAGUUGAUGGGAGACCAGCAGCAUUUCAACUACCGUCUUAGCAGAGCACGCAUGACGGUAGAGUGUGCAUUUGGGAGGCUAAAGGGCCGGUGGAGAUGUCUCCUUAAACAGUCUGAACUUGAAUUGAAAAGAGUGCCAGUGGUUGUCACAGCAUGCUGCAUUCUGCAUAAUUUGUGUGAGCAGAAUGGAGAAACCUUUGACAACGAGUGGCUACAAGGCCAGAGUGAAUCUGGAACUCUGGAAGAAACCCAGGAGAUGGCACCUGUUCUCCAGCAGCAGCAGCAGCAACAACCACACGCCCAUAACAUUCGCAUGGCUUUCACUAAGUUUUUUUCAGAGCAGGGACGGCAACAACAGUAG